GAACUGGGAAACCAAUCAAUUGUUGAUGACGUAACACUCCGAGACAGCACAACACUGCAAAUGUCAACAACACUGCGUCGUGUUCCUAGAAGAUUUUAGUGAUAAAAAUCGUGUGAAAUGGCAAUCGAAUUGCUGGAUAUUUUGUCAACAUCGACAGUCAUCUCGACAAUCCUCCAGUUCUUGUCGGGGAUUCUCGUUUGCCGGAAGUGCAUGCAGAGGAAAUCGACAGAGAAUGUUUCCGCUAUGCCCUUCAUAUCCGGAUUCCUUUCAUGCAGUCUGUGGCUAAAGUAUGGUCUCUUGACCAGUGAAGCGUCAGUGGUUCUAGUCAAUAUUGCCGGAACAUGCCUUAUGUUCGGCUACACUGUCAUCUUUUACGUCCUCUCUACUAAUAAGAAGGUGAUUCUGCGACAAUUCGCCACAGUUCUGCUCAUUCUUGUAUCUGUGGUGGCCUACACACAGUACGAAAUCGAAUUAUCAAGAUCAGUGGAAGUUUUAGGUAUUAUUUGCUGCACCGUGACUGUAUUCUUCUUCGCAGCCCCUCUCACAAUGCUGCUUCAUGUGAUAAGAGUCAAGAACUCCGAUAGUCUUCCCUUUCCCAUGAUCCUCUCCUCUUUCUUUGUCUGUCUCCAGUGGUUUAUCUAUGGCGUGAUCAUUCAGGACACCUUCAUUCAGAUACCGAAUUUCUUGGGGUGCGUUCUCACCGUGCUGCAACUGUCGCUGUUUCUCAUCUACCCGGGAAAGAGCUCGAGUGGGCCAUCGUACAAACUGCUCGAUUCGAGCGUCACAAUGUCUUAAGGACGUUAGAGAUGCAAAUGGUUAAUCGCUAUGACAGGUAUUCACAGUCAGUAUCAAAGGAAAUAUCUGUGUAUUAAAUAUGAUCAAAAGACUUGAAUAUGAAAAUAUGUGCGCUUUCUUUGAGGGUGGACUUGAUUUUCCCACGAA